CUCCCCGAACGCAGACCUCGUGGUGAACUAUCUUCAACACGGCCAUAUUGAAAUAUUGAAUGUCUCUGUUACACAAGGGCUCAAGAGUAGCCGUGAAAUUUUCGAAUAAUCCUCGACGAAGAGAGGAUAAGAAGCAUUAUGGAAAAUCAAUACAGCAUUACUGUAACAAAUAAGUUUGGAAAUGCUUCUGCCUGGGAUGAGUCAGAGGAUCCCCAACUAUACUUGCAAAAGUUGCAAGAAGCUAAGAAAAAAGACAAGGUUUCGGAAAAGGAAAAUAAGAGUAAGCAGUCCGAUACACAAAAGUCUACUGGUAAUAAGACGCAAAAAAAUCGUGUGAUAAAAGAUGCUCAGCAGCAAGUAUCGAAAGUCCAGGAUGUAAAGAAAGAUCAAGGUGAGAAGAAGUUAUCUCAACCGAGGAUAACUGGCGGAGAUCGCAGUGUAAAGUUCUCCGGAGAGUCUAGAGAAGAGCGCAACAACAGACGUAAUCGCGAAGAUGGAGAAAGAACAGUUCGUAACCAAGGAGAGAUCAGACGUGGACCCAGCGGGGAGGGUCGUGAAACACGCGAAUUUCGAAAUUCUAACGAGAAUCAACGCGGUGAUUAUAACGAGCGCAGAGGACGCGGAGGUAUGCGUGGAAUGGGUCGAGGCCGUGGAGGAUCACGUGGAGGUAGAGGUGGCUAUGAUAAUCGUGGAAAACGCGAGUUUGAUCGCCAAUCAGGAUCCGAUAAAACUGGCAUUAAGCCAAUUGAUAAAAAAGAUGGUGCUGGCAGCCAUAACUGGGGAACCCAUAAUGAUGAAAUAGAGGAAAGUUUGAAUCAAGAGAACCAAGAUUGGACAAAUGACAAACCUGAAGCAGAAGUUACUCCGGCACCGACCGAGACUAAAGAAGGAGGAGAAACACCAGCGGAUACUUCCACCGAAGAGAAACCUCAAGAAGAAGAGUCACGUGAGUUGACUUUGGAUGAAUGGAAACGCCGACAAAAUACAAGGGCAAAGCCUCAGUAUAACUUGCGCAAAGCUGGUGAGGGCGAAGAUUUAUCCCGUUGGAAGAAAAUGUAUGCUCUUGAACGGAAGAAAGAAGGUUCUGAUGAAGAAGAAGAGGCAGAAGAGGAAUUCGAUGCAGCUGCGGAAUUUCCUCAACGUGCUGGAAGGCAAAAACGUGUUUUAGGCAUUGAAAUCCAAUUUAGCGAUUCUCGACGUGGUUCUGGUGGACGUGGACGAGGAGGACGUGGUGGACGCGGCGAACGCGCCAACGGGCGUGGAUUCGGAAAUCGCGGUGCACCUAGAGACAACGAUUCUCGUGGUUCUGCCUUGCAGACAUCACAGAAUGAACAAAGGUCACCACGUGGUCGCCAAAACGCUCCGAAAGUAGAUGAUGAAAACGACUUCCCUUCAUUGGGAUAAACAGCUUCGUCUAACGAUUACACAGUAUCCCACCACCACCAUCACCAUCAGUACUUUUACAACCGAUAAAAUUACUAUUAUUACUACGAAUAUUAUUAUCAACCGUCUUGCAUCAGUGACAAUAUUAUUAACGCGUCAUACAGUACACCUUUUGCAGAAUGAGAUACGUAACUUCAAUAAAACUUAGCGCCCAAAAGCGCUGCUUCAUAUUGACACACUAUUCGUGCGAAGCUUAUGUGGGUACGAAAGAGUCAAGUAUGAUUCUUAGUACUUCUAUGAAGAUUGACCCUAUAUAAUUGUGAAAUAUAAAACAUAAGUGGCAAUAUGAGAUCAGCGAAGCAGCAUAUCUGAAUGAACUUGUUAAUAAUUGUGAACUUGCUGAAAGAAAAUAGGGAAGAGGUCAAAGAAAUUUUUCAUAAAGACCCGAGAAAGAAAUACAAAGUCAAAUGCGAUAUUCAUUUUACAUAAGUUAAAAAACAACUUAAAGACUCUAAAUAUAUAUGUGUAUAUAUAUAUGUGUGCGUGCGUAUAUAUAUAUUUGUAUAUAUAUAUAUAUGUACAUACAUAUAUAUUACCCUGAAUGGAAAGAAAAUUUUAUCAAGAACGUAUGGAAAAAAAAGCGAGGUAACAAAAAUUUUAAUUUUAAUGUCGCAUUGAGGGCCUAAGAAGGCUGGAUGCAGCACCGAUACGUAUAUAAAACCACAUAUGUACGAUAACCGUGUAGCUAUAAAUUUUAAACACCCUUUCAGUUUUAUAAUUUUUAUACGGUGUUUGGAAAAAGCCUUCCUGAUCGCAGUUGGCAAGCGACAUUGCUUACCGCGCGUAAAACUUAAGACUCCUAAAGCGUGUGUUUCUAUGUAAUAAAUAAUUCUGAUACUAAAAUAUUUACUUAGCUAAAAUAAGUUUGGCUUAUAGAAAGACAUAUAGACACUUUCCCUUCAGAUGUAACCAAUCUGAACUUAACGUUUAAGUGAAUAUUAGAUACACCGAUACACAGCUUUACAAAUGUAUAACAAAUUUAAUGAAAUAGGAGUGAUUAACGGCAGUGUAAGGGACGGCAGAAUGAAUCUGAUAAUCUGGUACGUGUUAUACUUAUCCGUCGCGACCGUCAUACUCUUAAUUAUAAAUUGCUAUAUUAGUUAUUUACUACACUUGUUAUACGUUAAAAUAAUACAGCCAAAAAUUCACACCCCUCUCUCUCUCCACAAUAAAAAAUCCGUUACGAAGCUAUUUGAAGCUUAGGUAUAUGUGUAAAUAACAUGAUAUUUACAAUAAUAAAUUGUGACAAGAUCA